UGCGGCGGUGCGGGGAGGAGGUCAUGGCCGCCCCCCGCCCGCCCCGGGUGGUGCCGGGCGAAGCCUCCGAGAGCGACUCGGAGCCAGAACUGCUGGUGGAGACGGCAGGGGAGGCCCCCGGAGCCGGGCUGAAAGUGCCGGGCGAAGCCUCCGAGACCGAAGAGGAGGAGGAGGAGGAGGAGGAGCAGAGGCCGAAGACGCCGCCGGUGCCGGCGGAGGAGCCGGCUGCCGUUUGGGGGGGCGGCCCCUCGCUGCUGCAGCAGCGGCUGCGGGAGGGCACGGGGCGGCUGCGGGGGGCGGUGGGCAGCGCCCUGCGGCAGAGCUACGGCAGCGCCGCCCGGAGCCUGGGCGGGCUGGGGGGAGCCCUGGGCCGGGCGCAGGUGACCGCCGCCGCAGCCGCGCAUUGCCUGCGCCUGGCCCGCCGCGAUCUGCGCGCCGUGGCCGACACCAUCGACAUCGUCACAGGCUGUCACCUCCUGCCCGACAUCCGAGGGCAGCUCUGACCGCCACCGCCAUGUGGCACCGCGUUCGCCGUCCCCGCUGCGGCUGUCUCCAGCGGCGGCACCGACACCUGGCAGACAUCUGCGGGCAGCUGCCAGCAUCGCUGCUGUCCUCGGCAUCGCCGGUACCGCAUCUGCCUCGGCAAGGUGGGAUCUGAUCGCCGUCAGGAUCAUCAUUGCAGCGUCCUGCCGAGGGUGGAGCUGCACUGGCACCGAGUCAUGUUCGCAACACCCCACACUGACCCUGGACACUUCCUCACCAGGGUGGCAUCAUCACCAGUGGUGAUGACCAGUGGUGGUCAUCAAACCAAGUAACACCAAACAGUGGCUUUGGCACAGAGACUGCCAACCUGGUGCACCAGGACCUGCGUGCUCUGGUGCCUAUCACUGCCAGGCCCCUAAGCCAGCUGCCAAGAUCCCUGAACUGUCUGGUGCUGGUUUGUCACUAUUGUCUCCAAAUGCCACUGUUUUAUGUGACAUGGAACUGAAUAAAGCUGGGGUGGUGCCAGA